AUGUCUCGUAACCCCAACCGCCGGGCACUAGCGCACGUUCACGACGGCUCACCACAGCCAGCCGCACCACGGGCAGCACUAUUCUCGCUGCGCGACCUGCUCGGCGAUGGCAUGCUGUGGGCGGUGCCGAUGCAUCGCCGCACGGUCGAGAAGCGCCUCAAGCGCAAGUACGGUCCGUCCGAGUACAAGCUGAAAAUACUGACGCCAAAGGUACACCUGCGGACGUGCACGACCUGCGGCAGCGACCAGGAAGUGGGCGUCCUGUACCCGUUUCCAUCUCGAGCAGAUACUCGUCAAUGAUUUCGUGCCGCUGGCUUAGCUUUUGCUGCAUCUGUUCGAGGUUCGCGUCCAGUGCGGAACGCUGGUCGAACAGCGGGCGGGAUUCGAUCCCUGCCGGCAAACCCUGCUGCUGCUCGCCCAGCAGGCGCUGCAAAUCCAGCGCCUCCUGCCUCAGCUCGGCUAUGUUGGCCACGAAGCGCUCGCGGCGCUGGCUGCUCUCCUCGUACACCUCCUCGAAAAACGCCGUCAUGUGGUCCGGCAGCUGCUUGGCAUAGGCCAAACACAGGUUGGUGUCGAACAUUUCGUCCCACCGAUCGCGCAUACGAUUGAAACCGGCGGUACAGAUGGUCUGCAUCUGGUGGUGUAUCUUUUGGAAUGGAUCGUCAUCAAUGGUGGUUGAGGAUGACUCCAUGAUGUUUGGCUUUUUUGUUUCUUAAGCGCGGGUUUCAACACCCAUAUCAUUACAAAAUUAACGACUAGCCGAAACCAAAAUCUUUUAUUGUAUGAAUUACCUACCCGGGUAGGUGGUUAUAGAAGUAAGGGGUAAAAGUUG